CAUUUCCACAUUUACAGGAAGAUCGACUUCUGUCACCCCCGGGCGAGGGGUCUUUUUAGGAUAGCCACCACCAGCGCGACCAUGGGUCCCCAGUGUCGCGCACAGCUUGCUGUGUUCUUUAUACUGCUUUGCCCGGUCAACAUUAUCGGGCUGUGGUGGGCCGUGGGAAGUCCUCUGGUGAUGGAUCCCAACAGCAUCUGUUGGAAGUCGAAGCGUCUGGCCGGCAGGCAGGCCGAGCUCUGCCAGACUCAGCCCGAGAUCGUCAGCGAGGUCGCCAAGGGCGCCAAACUAGGAGUGCGGGAGUGCCAGUUCCAGUUCCGCUUCCGCCGCUGGAACUGUACCAGCCACAGCAAAUACUUCGGGAGGGUCCUGCAGCAAGAUAUUCGGGAGACGGCAUUUGUGUAUGCCAUCACGGCAGCAGGGGUUACACAUGCAGUUACACAGGCCUGCAGUAUGGGGGAGCUGUUGCAGUGUGGCUGUGAGGCCACACGGAGCCGGGCUCCGCCCCCUCGCCCUGCUGGGACUCCUCCCACUGAAGGCGUGAAGUGGGAGUGGGGUGGCUGCGGUGAUGACGUGGAGUUUGGCUACGAAAAGUCCAAACAGUUCAUGGACGCCCAGCGCAGGAAAGGCAGGAGUGACAUCCGGACCCUCAUCGAUCUCCAUAACAACGAGGCGGGCAGACUGGCCGUGAAGAACUACAUGAGGACUGAGUGUAAGUGCCACGGUCUGUCUGGCUCCUGCACCCUGCGCACCUGCUGGAGGAAGAUGCCUCCGUUCCGGGAGGUGGGUGACCGCCUGCUGCAGCGCUUCAACGGAGCCUCCAAGGUCAUGGGGGGCAACGAUGGCAAGACCCUCAUCCCCGUGGGCCAGAACAUCAAGCCCCCAGACAAGCAGGACCUGAUCUAUACUGCUGAGUCGCCCGACUUCUGCCUGCCCAACAGGAAGACGGGGUCACUGGGGACGCGAGGACGCAUGUGCAACAGCACGGCCCUGGACGUGAGCGGCUGCGACCUGCUGUGCUGUGAACGCGGCCACCGCGACGAGACCGUGGUGCUGGAGGAGAACUGUCUGUGUCGCUUCUACUGGUGCUGUGUGGUGCAGUGCAAGAAGUGCUCCGUCCACAGAGAGCUCAGCCUCUGUCACUAGCAUCCUGCCUGCCGGGACCCGGAAUGCCAGCCGCCCUGCCGACCAAUCCAGCACGCUCGCUCUGUAGUUGGAGAAACUAGAACACUGGUUAGCCUGCUGCAGCUCUAGAUGGACAAAUCCCACCACCCCCUCAUCGGGGCAAUCUAGAGCACUGUUCUAGAAGCACAGCUGCCCUCUGGAAAUCUUUAACUCUGACUAUUUCUAGAUCACCUGCAGGCUGGAGUCUGCAGUGUGCAGAUCUGAUGCCUCCCCAAGUCUGUGUCACUGUGUUGUCUGACUCGUGACCCACACCCUGGUGCCAGCCGAGAGUGGCACGGUGGGGCUUCUCGUCUCCUGGACACCUGUUUGUGGUUUAGGUUUGCCUGUGACUGAUUUAGUGACUUUAAUCUCCUCUGUAGGGAGAGCUGACUCUCUCUCUCUGUCUCUCUCUCUCUGUCUCUCUCUCUCUCUCUCUCUCUCUCUCUCUCUCUCUCUCUCUCUCUAGACCAGCACAAAGGUUGCAUCAUGGGUAGGGAAGGUAACAGAGGCAUUUGUUGUGCUACAGAUCACCAGAGAUUUUGCUUUUUGUACAUAUGCUUAUGGUUAAAAUAGCCCACACACAGAGACUUUGAGUAUUAGUUGUGACAUCCUGAAGAAUGUGCGUUACAGGAUCACAGUUCAAAGAACCCUAUUUAUGAGCAAAUUCCCAACAUAAUGACUACUAACUGGAGAAGGAGCGUCUAAAACACACUCUCUCAAAAGCACUUUGAACGCAGGACUGUGUACGUUAUACGGUACGAUUUGAUCAUUCUUGUUUAGGGUUACGUGUCAUUUGGUAUGUAAAUGAGAAGACGUGAGCAAUAUUUUAAAGACAUUUAUAGAUGCUGCCUUGGUUUGAUACUUAUGUCUUAUGUCCAGUUAUUUAAUACACAGAGCUUAUAUUGUGCACUAGUAUACAUUGUCAUGGCACUGUGUGCAGGGGACAGUUAUCUCUGAAACCUCUGACCUACUUCUAUCACUCCCCAUGAAAGACUCCCUCAGACUCUCUCAAACUCUGACUCACUCUGACUCGCUCAGACUCUCUCAGUUUAGUGAUAGUAGCUCUUCUUGUAAAUGUAUUGGUAUGACAUCCUUUAGAAUUGUUCUCUCUAUUCCUUGUGAGGUCACGUUGGAAACCCCCUCAGAGGGGUAGUAGAAGACUUUACCCCAGAAAGCUCCCUCUGAGGGAUAGUAGAAGACUACCCCAGAAAGCUCCCCCUGAGGGGUAGUAGAAGACUUUAUCUCAGAAAGCUCCCUCUGAGGGGUAGUAGAAGACUUUACCCCAAAAAGCUCCCUCAGAGGGGUAGU